AUGAUCGACUGGCCCAAUGUGACAGCGUCCAGCCAACAGGAGCUGGGCCUGAAACCUGAGGAUCUGCAGAAGUCCAAAUGUGUCCUGGGUUUCAUCCCUGUCAUCUACUACAGCAUUCUGCUUUGUGUGGGAGUACCAGUCAACAUCCUCACAGCCGUGGCUUUAUCCAGGCUAGCAUCCCGCACUAAGAAAGCUCUGUACUACUACCUUUUGGCCGUGACUGCGUCAGACAUUCUCUCCCAACUCUUCAUCAUCUUCGUCGGCUUCCUGCUUGAGACAGCAGUUUUUCACCGAGACGUCCCCAUACUUCUGCUUCACUCGGUCAGCGCUGCGGAGUUUGCCGCAAACCACGCCUCCAUCUGGUCCACCGUGCCCCUCACCGUGGACCGAUAUGUGGCGCUGUGCCACCCCCUCCUCCACCGCCAGAUCAGCUACCCGGCCCGGGCCAGAAAGAUAAUAGGGGUGGUCCUCCUGUUAUCCCUCGUAUCGGGCGUGCCCUUUUUUUGGUGGUCGGACAUGUGGAGGAAUAGCAACUCUCCCACAGCCCUGGACACCGUCCUCAUAUGGAUGCAUGUAACUAUAAUCUACUUCCUGCCCUGCAGCAUCUUCUUGGUGCUGAACUCUUUGAUAAUCCACAAAUUGAGGGUGAGGCAAAGGCAGCAGCCAUGCCAGGAGGAGGGUGGGUCAAAGAUUGCGUCUCCUCGGCUACUUGGAAAAACUACUGCCAUGCUGCUGGCCAUAACGUCUGUGUUCUCUGUGCUGUGGGCCCCCAGGACAGUGGUGGUCAUCUACCAUCUGUAUGUGUCCUCGGUUCACAGAGACUGGCGCGUCCACCUGGCCUACGACCUGUCCAACAUGCUGGCCAUGCUCAACACAGCAGUUAACUUCUUCCUCUACUGCUUUGUCAGUAAGCCUUUCCGUGGAGCCGUGCGGGAUGUCUUGCUGCUCAGGGGGGGCCCACUUUAUCCUCAGAGAGCUCUUCCUCAUCCGCAGGCCCCCACCAAUGCCUCCAUCUCAUCUCUGUACAGUGGGAACAACAAGCGUUCACAGCGAGACUUCACCCCCUUGUCACCUCGCAGAGCCAGAAAGCCCUCAUGA